AUGGAUGAGACGAGCCCCUUGGUGUCUCCGGAGCGCGGGCCGGCCGCAGGGUAUGGGGUGCCCGGAGGGGCCGUGCGCUCCCCGCCCUGCCCCGCCGCCCCCAGCGCCCCCUCCGCGCCGCCGCCCUGCCCCUCGCCGCCCGGCUCUCCCGCAGGUGGCCGCGACCGGGAGCGCCAGCCCCUCCUGGAUCGGGGCGCGGGCGCAGAGCGUGGGGCGCGCGGGGCGGUAGGGUCGGCCGGGGCGGCGCAGGUCCAGGCUCCAGUUGGGUUGGGGGCAGCGGCUGCCGCGGCCCGCGGAGAGCGGGAGCCCCGGAAUGAAUUCCCCGACGACCCAGAAUUCGCCGAGGUGGUGCGGCAGUCGGAGCUGGCGAGCGAGCGCGGCAUCUACCCGGAGCGCAUCUACCAGGGCUCUAGCGGCAGCUAUUUCGUCAAGGACCCGCAGGGGGUGAGAGGAUUAGGGCUGGGGUGGGUGUGUGGAGACUAUUCAGCCCGGGGUGUGGGGGAGCGAGGGGGUCUGGGUGGCCGAAAGGUGGUUACUUGAUCUUGGCAAGUGGUCGCCCUGCCUUGUACUAAGAUACCAGGGGCCGGGGAGUCUCAGCUGGGAACUCGCUAGCUGGCCUUUGACUGACUUUACAAGGGUCAUAAUAAUGUAUGUGAAGUGCUCUGAACACUUGAAAGCGCUAAACAAGUUUAAGAAUUAGUAUCAUAGGUAAGGUUAAGAAGAUGAUGGUAGGAUCCUUUGCCACAUCCUUGACCAGUUCUCUUAAGUGUAGGGUGGUCUUUCUUUGUUCCAAGACACUCCUGCUUGCUAGUAAAGGUAAAGGGACCCCUGACCAUUAGGUCCAGUCCUGACCGACUCGGGGGUUGCGGCGCUCAUCUCACUUAAUUGGCCGAGGGAGCCAGCGUUUGUCCGCAGACAGCUUUCAGGUCAUGUGGACUAAGCAUGACUAAGCUGUGAACCAGAGCAGGGCAUGGAAACGCUGUUUACUUUCCCGCUGGAGCAGUACCUAUUUAUCUACUUGCACUUUGACGUGCUUUCGAACUGCUAGGUUGGCAGGAGAAGGGCCCGAGCAACAGGAGCUCACCCCGUCACGGGGAUUCGAACCGCAGACCUUCUGAUCGGCAAGUUCUAGGCUCUGUGGUUUAACCCACAGCGCCACCCGCGUCCCCCCUGCCUUCUAGUAGGUGCCCUCUAAUCUCUAUCUCCCUACCUUUCCUCAUUUCUGCUGUUGCUUGCACUCUCUUUUCCCCUUCGCUGGAGUAGAUGUGGCCAAAGGACAGUGCUCAGUAUAACCCAUCAAGUACAGCUGAUUUGUCAGCUGUGCCCUUCUCCCCUAGGAGGAACAGCCAAGUGUAGGCCUUAUUCUUAAACAGAACCAGUUUUAUUAUUGUAAAUAUAAUACAAACAGGUAUGGUCUUGCUCUUUAGCAUCUCACAGUUCCAAUGUUUGUUUCAUAGUGUUGCUGUCAGUGUAAUACUAUGGUUAUUGGGGAAUAAUACAAAAAAUAAAGCUGGAAGCUUUAGGCCUUCUUACCCAAUGAGGAGGCACAGUACUGCUUGACAUGCUGAGGUGUUUUGUUGUAAUUGGGUAAAGUUAUCUUGGACUUGGAGUGUAUCGGUUGGCUGUUUCCAGAGGCCAGCAUAGCCUUGUCCAGUUAAAGGCUUUAGUAGCUGGUAUUCUGGUUUCAAUUGCUGUCCUGGAUUAUUAGUUCAGUUCGGUUGUCUGGGUAGGGGAGGAUACCUGUUGUUUGUUACCCAUUCUUGGCAUUUAGUUUGGCCUUAUCUUCAUAAUGUGUUUCUUUAGUUGGAUCUGUCUCUUUCUGAUCUUGAAUAAGGAGGCAGGUGGCCCAACUGCCCUAGGCGGUAUUACUGGAGGCGGUAUUACUGGCACAGGAUUCUUCUUAGUAAGCUUUUAGAGCAUGGGCAGGCAUACUAAGGCCCGGGGGCUGGAUCCGGCCCAAUCACCUUCUAAAUCCGGCCCACAGAUGGUACGGGAAUCAGCAUGUUUUUACAUAAGUAGAAUGUGUGCUUUUAUUUAAAAUGCAUCUCUGGGUUAUUUGUGGGGCAUAGGAAUUUGUUCAUUCCCCCCCCCCCAAAUAUAUAGUUCGGCCCCCCCACAAGGUCUGAGGGACAGUGGACCGGCCCCCUGCUGAAAAGGUUUGCUGACCCGUGCUAGAGUAUACCAUACAGUUCUUGUACUUGGGGGCAUAUGGAUAGGAAUUAGAUUGACAUAGAUACUUUGGUAACAAUAACUUUAGUGUGGCAAGGGGUGCCAACUUAAAUAAAAUAUUGUGGGGGAUGUAAGCUCUGCCCCACAUAAUUGAUCACAUGACACAACACGCACAUACUCCACACCAUUUGAAUGGCAAUGCCCAUCAACUUUGGGGAGCCCUGGCCCCUCAAAUAUUUUAUUGGGGGGGGGGGCAAAGGUACCUUGGUCCCUAGGAGUUGGCUCCUAUGAAUGUGGUUGGACAUUGUAAACUCCCUGCUGAUUUCCCCAGUGUUCAGAUGGGUUUGGAGCAGGGGUUAUAUGGUAUUGUUUUGUUAGUGUGAGUGUGCAGUUUAACCAAAAGUUACUCAACUAAUACUGCUUCCAGCUCGCAGCUCCGCUUUACAAGUGGCUCAAGAAACCUAGCUCAUUUGAAUAUGACCCCAUUAGAGGGAGAGCUGAACAAAUUCACUUGAAGUUCUUGUGUGCUUGCUGAUGCAACAGCUGUAUGCUUGUAAGGCAGAUAGUCCCUUUUGCAGAGAAUGAUGGUUGGUGUCUGGGAGCAGCUCAUGGAUGUAGUUGGGGGGGCAGGAAGGGGCUACUGUCCCCCCCAUAAAUAAAUAAAUAAAUAAAUAUCAAUAAAAAUACAUCGUUAACUGAGGUUCUGCCUCUCCCCCCCCAAUUCUAGCUAUGCCCAUGGAGCAGCUGAUCAGCUUCCCUUCCUGAUUGUGUGCUUCCUGAACUUUUUGACCUUUUGGAUAAAACUGGCAUUGAAAUUUCUGUACUUUAAGCUCAUCUCUGCAUUUUAAAUAUCUGUAGGAGCUGGCUGAGAUAUCAAGAUGGUGCGGGUUUUAUUUUGGGAGGAAAAUCGAAAGAACUUUACAUGCCUAAUUUGUAGAAGAAUAUUCAGACUGGCCUCUUUCAAAUUUCAGGUUAUGUACUCUACUCAUUGCCCUUUGCUAUGAAGAAUUCCAGGUCACCACUGCUAAUAUUUACCCAGUCUACUUUCUAAUCUUUGAAUACCAUAUGUUGCUUUGGGUAUUCCCCCAUUAGCAGACAUCAAUGACUGUUUAUCUAGUGACUUAAUUCUUCUCGUUUGAAACCCAGAUUUGUCAAGAGGGUAUAAAAAAUUCUAUAAAGAAUGGUAGAUCAACUACUUUGUGCCUAUUUUAGAUGGCAAACUCCUUGAAACAAGAUUUUCUUUCUUGUUGCACUAUAAAAUGGCAUGCCUGCUAGUAGCAGUGCUAUGUAAAUAGUGAAAUUAAGGGCACAAUAAUGGGUUUUAAAUGUGUUAAACCUUCCAUGCAGUAAACAUACUUGGGCUGUCCUGGGAAACACUGAUAUUCAUGUCAUUGGAAGUUUUUAAAAAGCAGAUUGAGUCCUCUUAUUCAGUUUGUUAAUUCUAGUAAUGGAGAGGUAAGAUUGCCUGCAACUCAUACUUCGUCGUGGCCUGAGGUCCUCAUCAGAUGAGUUAGGUAGGUGUGGGUGUGUGAAUGGUGUACGAUGAAAUCUGAUCUUUUAUUGUUUUGUAUCAGACAUUUCUGUUACUGCUGUUAACAGCAUGUGUAUUUUUUUAAAGCAAUACUACUGUUGUUUUUUUCCAAGCAGAUUUGGGUAAGCAGGUAUUGAAUGAAAGCAAGAUGUAUGCAUUCAUGCUUGACCAUGCCUUAAGAGAGGAGGUCUGGUAGAUUCAAUAGCAUUACCCUUUUUAAGUUCUAGCCCAUUAUUUUCUUGUUUGCUCCACUCCCUUGCCUGCUUCUAGGAAGGGAAGACUGCUUCUAUCAUGGACUGAGUGAGAUCCAGCUUCUGAGCCCUACUCCCUUGCCUUAGGAUUUCCAUGGGAGCUGCUGCUUGGUAUGACACUUGAUAAGAACAUGAAAAAGGCAGGGAACAUUGAAUAAUCAUGGAUAUAUACGGGCACCAUGUCAUUUCUGUUCCUGUACUAGAAUUGAGUGUGAUUUUAUUUUCCAUAAGCCAUCUUGAGAGCCUUUGAGACUAUAAAGCAGGCUAUAAGUAUUGUAAAUGAAUAAAUCUAAGCAGAGAAUAAUCCUGAGGCUUUGCUUUCUCCUCUGGCUUGCUAUAUCACUGUACUUACAAGGAAUUGGGCAUAUCUGUCUUGUGUUGGGAUCUGUGGGCUGAGUUUUCGAAUAACUGAUCCUACUAUGUAAAUGGAUUAGCAUGAGCUGUGGUUCCGGUCAGCUGCAGUGUAUUCUUCAUGCCUAUGUGAGGACUGACUGUGUGCAUGGCCAUGUGGCUCUCCUUGUGACCCGUCAUAACUAACCAGAUUAAUUUAGUUUCCUCUUUCUGAGUUGCAUGUGUUGAUUGUAUGAAAAGCAUGACUUAUUUGCUGGCCAUGUCAGUUUUUGUUAUAGUGAUCCAGCUUCUUCUUCCUGUCUGGUGUGGGUUUUGGAAUCACUUCCCUUUUAGCUGAGUUUGUGGGAGAUUCCGCCGGGAUGAGUCAGCCUGGUCUUUGUGCUGCUGCUCUAGGUGGAUGGAAGGCAAAUGGAUCGAUGCAGCGCUACUUCCUUCAGUUUUUGUUCAUUAGAAAGGAGCCAUUUCAGCCAGAGCUUUGUGGGGGAGGCUAUGGUUUCUGGGUUAGUUGCUGCCAAUUAGACCUGACCUCUUUAUAUGUGUGUAUGUGUGUGCCAUUGGUAGAUGGUUGGAUAUAACUGUUGUAUGUGUGAUUGGAGAUACGCUGUUGCCUGCCUUUCUGCUAACUGUGAUGGCAACUCUGUGUCCUCUCCAGCCCAUGGUUUAAAAAGUCAUCUCUUGGUACAUGGCUGGGAGAGAGAUUUAUCUAACAUCUAGUAUGGAACUGACCAGCUAGAAGACAUGGCUUCCUCAGCAGUGCAGCUGCCUAGAGAGGGAAAGUGAGAGCAGCCAGCAUACAUGAUAAUCAGGGGUGUCAGGAAUGAGGAAUUUUGAUUCUGGUAGAUUGCCAGGGUUUCCCCACCCAGGUAAACAGACAUGUUUAAUUGCAUCUUCCAAAGCAUAGGCCUGGCCCAGCUCUAUGUGGCAUUGGAAUAUAUAGUAUCCAGGAGCCUGGCUGGCUUAUUACAUAUUACAUUUUUUUUCCUGGUUUCUAUGCCAGCCACAAUGCUCCCAUUCUUUUUAACUCUUAGCUCCCCUUUACUACUAAGAGCCUUGAAUGUAUUUGGUAUAUCUAGAAUUGUGUGCUGAAGCUCCAACUUUCUGUUACUAUACAAUCCAGAACUCAGGAAAAAGCCAUGCCAAUUUUGCUUUUGCGUCGCAUGUGUUUCGUGUGCACAUCUGUCCUUUUUUUGGUCACAAAUUGGAAGAUUCUGAUGACAGAGCUGUAUGAGUGAAAAGGCCGUGGGUGGGAGGGAGCUGCUGACUGAAGGAACCCUACUCCUUGUAUUUGAUUUUCAAACUUUUAGUAGAAAUACCCAUUGUAUCUUCAGAGGCUUCACCUGCAGUCGUGAGGCCUAGUAUGUUCUGUUAAAAAACAAAUGCUCAUAAAUUGUUUUAAUGAAGCAUCUUCUGUGGAAGGCAGCCUCCUAUGUUGAAUUAUGUCAUGCAGUUUCAGCUACCCAGAAUCCAGGACCGGCUGGUGGUGCAUUCGUGGAAUAGGCCAGGCUAUAGUGUAGGCAGCAAAUGGCCUGGUGCUUGUAAGUACCGUAUUUUUUGCUCUAUAAGACUCACUUUUUCCCUCCUAAAAAGUAAGGGGAAGCGUGUGUGCGUCUUAUGGAGCGAAUGCAGGCUGCGCAGCUAUCCCAGAAGCCAGAACAGCAAGAAUGAUUGCUGCUUUCACUGUGCAGCAAUCCCUCUUGCUGUUCUAGCUUCUGAGAUUCAGAAUAUUUUUUUUCUUGUUUUCCUCCUCCAAAAACUAGGUGCGUCUUGUCUGAUGCGUCUUAUAGAGCGAAAAAUACGGUAAUAAGUAAUCAACUAGAGCCCCAUCUAGUGGUUGCACACAUGCAUCUGCUCCUUCCUUAAAUCAGUGCUCUAGGCUGGAACUAGACACAUCAAAGAAACGUUUCAAACUUUGUAUGAGACACAUCAAAGAAGCGUUGCAAACUUUGUAUGAGAAAUCGGGUUAGCAAAAACGGAAUUCCACAGCGCCAUCUGGUGUCACAGUGUUAGAAUGCAUAAACAAAGCAUAAGUGUUUUUUCUUUGCCGAAGCCAAGUCCCCAGCUCUUUCUAGCUGAGUCCCCAGAAGCUGUUCCAGAGUUCUCAGUGUGGACCUUUCCUAAGCUGUGUGCCUGUCGCUUUGGUAACCUUGUAUGGGAUGCUAGUAUUGUUGUUGGUGUGGGGACAGAGAAGGGGAGUGGAGAACCUGUAGCCCUCCAGUGGCUGCCUGACUACAGAUUUUCAUAUUAUUGGCCGUGCCAACUGGGGCUGCUGGGUGUUGUAGUCCAACAUCUUAGAGGGCCACAGAUUCUCUAUCUGUGGAGCACAGUCUACCAGGCUUACAAAGUAUCAGGAGGGGCGGGAAGAGUCUUUGGCAACAUGUGGCACUCUGUACACUUUACUUCCUCUCCGGAGUUCCCCAGGAUCUUUGUCUCCUGACUGAGCGUCAUCCUGCUAGAGUCAUCCUGAGAUGAGAAGCGGCAGCUGCUUGACUUGUCUGCAUCUCACUGUUGUAAAAAAUGACAUGGCAAUCUUUCUCUGAGGCCCAUGGGUGGGGCUCUAGAGAGAACCCAAAAGGACUUGUAGUAGGCAAGGCUGGAUAUUUGUGCCACAGUAACUUCUCUGUGCGCUCCGUAGCUAAAGAGAGCAGCGACAAUGAGGUUGAGUGGGCUUAGAAGGCGGGGUGGGGGUGGGGGAGUAAGUUUUAGAAGGGAACCAGAACUCAAAAGGUUUGAAACAUUGCUUUACGGUGGAAGGCCCCAUUCCCCCGCUGAAAAUGCAGCAGCUAAUUGUAGCGCUCAACAUACAAUUUAAAGCACUGGGACUAUGUGGACAGGGAAGUGAAACCUCCUAGUAAAUUUCCCAACUAGAGAUGCCAUAAACUUCGUUAUACCUACCUAAUUAGCGAGGUGUAGCCGAUCAGUCCCAGGAGGUGGAACUGAUCAGUCUGCUUAUUUAGGUCAUUGUGCACCUGGAUUAUAGAAUCAGAGAACUGUAGAGUUGGAAGGGACCCCAAGGAUCAUCUAGUCCAACCCCCUGCAAUGCAGGAAUCUUAGCUAAAGUGUCUAUGACAGAUGGUCAUCCAACCUCUGCUUAAAAACCUCCAAGGAAGGAGAGCCUACCACCUCUCAUGGAAAUCUGUUCCACUGUUGAACAACUCUUACUGUCAGAAGAUUCUUCCUGAGGUUUAGUCAGAAUCUCCUGACUUGUAACUUGAAUUCAUUAGUUCGAAUUCUAGCCUCUGGAGCAGGCAAAAACAAGGUUCCUCCAUCUUCCAUGUGGCAGCCCUUUAGAUAUUGGAAGAUGGCUAUCAUAUGUCCUCUCAGUCUCCUCUUUUCCAGGCUAAAGAGAUUACCGGUAAUUUUACCAGUUUUUAAUUUUGGAAUUAUUUGAUUAAGGCAGGGUAGCGAACCUGUAGCCUUCCAUAUGUUGUUGGACUCCAACUCCCAUCAUUCCUGAUCACUGGCCAUGCUGGCUGAGGCUGAUAGGAGUUGGGUCCAACAACCCCUGGAGGGUCACAGAUUUCCCCACUGCAGUUAAGAACUGUUGUCCUAGGUAAUAUGUUUGUUCAGAGAAUGCGCACUCAGCCUGGCUGCCUGAACUCUUGGGAGUGAAAAAUGAGAACUAUUGGUUGAAGGUCUGCUCUUGAAAAGUGGGGCACCAGGUCCCUUUGUGACGGAUGUGUAUGUUUUAACUGGAAGCAUUCUUGUAAAUGUGUAGCUCUUAGCAAAGAAGACCUCUAACCCCUUCUCUUUCUACAAUAUUGAUCUGUUUGGCAAGAGCCUGGUACUUUGCCAUAUGUUGUGGGGGUUGGCUGCCCUUGCCUUGCCCAGCUUGAAUUAACCAACUUCCCAUUUCUGUCCGUCUCAGAAAAUCAUCGGCGUAUUCAAACCCAAGAAUGAGGAACCUUAUGGGCAGCUGAACCCUAAGUGGACAAAGUGGCUGCAGAAACUGUGCUGCCCCUGUUGUUUUGGAAGGGACUGCCUUGUUCUUAACCAGGGAUACUUAUCUGAGGCUGGUGCUAGCCUUGUUGACCAGAAGCUGGAACUGAACAUUGUUCCCCGCACAAAGGUGAGCCUGGGACAGAGGAGGAAGCAGACUGCAGGAUUUAAUAGUGGAUAGGAUGCCUGGAUAGAGACCUGUGUGUUUCUGUGUGGGAUCCCCAGUGCCUACUUCCUAAAUAAUAAAAUCCUGCCUUUCAUCCAGCUCCCACUUCUGUCUCUUAUCUUAAUAGUUUGUUCCUAUAUAUCUAUUGAUAUUUCUCACUCCUAGCCCAGUGAGGACUUCUGGCUUUGGAUUAGAAGCGGGGAGAACAGCAAUUGAGGGAAGAAGCAACUGGGAGUAGUCCCAGAAUUAUUAUAUUCCAUUCAUUCAUUCUUUUAAAAAAUUGCCCUUUGCCAAGUGUGGUGAGUUGCUGGUUUUUGCAUUAAUUAGGUUAAUUUGGUUACUGCAUUCUUGAGUUUGAUCUCCAUAUUUGAGUUUUGGGAUAGGAACUACAUGUAGAAGUAGAUAGAAGAACCUGACUACAGAUGAAGAAAAGUUGUAACCAUAAGCAUGGAAUGUUUAUAUCACUUUUAAAGUACUAUAUACUUUUAUUUACUUUUUAACAAAGCUGCUAGAAGGUAUGGGGUUUUACUCUCCCCACCCCAUUGUAAUUUUUCAGGUCAAUAAAUUAUGCUCAGAAUUUGAGAUGUGUAGGUUUUGUUUUUAAUAAAGUAGGCAGACCUGUAUAUGCCUAGAUUUUUACCAUGUUCUGUAAAUAGCAGUGUGUGGCAUUUAUGGAUUAUGCUUUUUAAAAGUCACCUCUUUUCCAUGCCCACAGGUGGUGUACUUGGCCAGUGAAACAUUUAACUACAGCGCCAUUGACCGAGUGAAGUCCCGGGGCAAACGCCUGGCCCUGGAGAAAGUGCCAAAAGUGGGGCAGAGGUUUCACCGAAUUGGGCUUCCUCCAAAGGUAGGGGAGGUUUAAGGUGCCCAGAAAUGUUUUGUGCCACUGAGCCUUGUUCCCUUAACCCACCUGCCUCUUGCUCUCAGGUGGGCUCCUUCCAGCUCUUUGUGGAAGGCUACAAGGAUGCAGAUUACUGGCUACGGCGCUUUGAGGCUGAGCCCCUCCCAGAGAAUACGAACCGCCAAUUGCUGCUGCAGUUUGAGAGGCUGGUGGUGCUGGACUACAUCAUUCGCAAUACAGGUAGGUUCUGUGUCAGCUCUUGGCCCAUAGGGUGGGAGCACUGCCGACUGAGGAAUCUGAUGGGAGAGAUAUUACUUGUUGGAAAGCCUUGUGAAGAGGGAAGUAUAUUUUGCUCUGCUAUUCUGAAUGUAGCCCUUGCUCAAUGCACAUAUUCCCUGGUAUGCUACUUCCGAAACUCCUUGGCCCUCUGAUGUCCCACAACGUUGUCUAUAGGUACGAUCGUAAGAAAAUGAAAUGACAAUCAUUCUCCAAUUUGUUUUUGAAGAGGUAUGCAACAUGAUACAGUCCUGGAGAUCUCAUCAAUUACUAUUUAUAGUAAUUGGAGGGAAAUUCCUUGUUUUCUACACAGUGCUGCUGUGUUCUGCACACAUAUACUUGCACAUGUUUAUAUUCAUGUUUCAAUAAUUUAUAUUCUAUUGUCAUUUGGGUUCCUGUGACCUUGUCUCCUUGUCAUUUAUAUUUGGGGACUUCCUCCUGUAUUUGAGGGGAAUAAUAGGAAACUGCCUUUUACUAAGUCAGAUGGUUGGUUCACUUUAACUCAGUAUUCUCUACAUUGAUUGUUCAAAAGCCUUUUCCGGCCCUAUCUGUAGAUGUCAGGGACUGAGCCUGGAAAUUCCUACAUAUGGAGCACGUGCCAUUCCACUAACCUAAAGCCCUACAUAGCUGUGUGCUGGUGCUCCUUGGCUCUUGAGGCAAACCAUUGUGUCGAAGACGUGAUGGAUAGCCUGCAAGUGAUUUAUGCAGAGUUCCAACCUGGAGCCCUGCUGUAGCCAUAGGUAGUCUUAUUGUCCUAAAAUCCUCGUAGAGUUGGGAUACUCUUACCUGAAGGCUGUACAGCAUCUUCCCAAGCCUAGGAUGCAGGCUCUGCAGCUUCCACUUCCCCUGAAGGAAGGAUAGUAGGGGAUUGCCUUGCUGUUUUGCAUGGGAAAUUCUUCUGUGGCUUGACAAACCAUGAGCAGUAAUGACAAGGCUGGAAUAAGGUUGCCUUCUCCAAAUAAUAGGGGACGAACGACUGAAAGAUUGUAAGCUGCCAGAUUACACAGUUUGAUGAUGUGUCUUACUUCUUCUCCCCCCACCGCCACUUUUUAAUACUACAAUGUGGAUCUUGCUAUCUGUGGUGAGAUUUCUCUGUCUUAUCAAUGUGUUUUCCUUCUUCCACAGACCGGGGAAAUGACAACUGGCUUAUCAAGUAUGACUGUCCUCUGGACAGCACAAGCGUGCGGGUGAGUAGGGCCCAUGCUGCUCUGAUGGUUCCACUUGGGGAUCUAUCUUGUGUUCUACAGCAGCAGGCAGUAUGGGACUAGAAGGAAUUGGUAUGCAGUGUUGAGGAAGGGCCAAAUUUAAGGGAAUGUCUCUAAUCAGGUGCCGUAACUGCUGAACACAUCUUAGGCACAGGUAGACUAGCUGACAACUUGCUGCUUGUGGAGUGACAGCCCUUAGUUCCGAGUGAUAUAAAAAGUUGGUCUUCAGUGUAUAGCCUGGCACCAAGACAUGGGAGAGUCCAGAAGUUGCUGAGCCCUUUCCAGUGAGUGCCAGAAAAGAGAAAGCUGGCAUCAUGGCUCUAGCAAGCUUGCAGAGGAGCAAAAUUGGGAGGGAGAAGGUCGUGUCAAAGGAGUGCUAGACUCACUUUUCCCAUUAGCAAUGCUUGGACUCCCUUUGGGCCUGGGGGGGGGAAGGGGGGGCAGAGAGGAUUUGAGGUAGGGCUUGGUCAGAACUUUUGGUAGUAUAAGCAGUGCCCAUUGUGUUGCUUUUGCGGUGCUGAAAAUGAGGACAAAGCGGAGCUGCAGAAUGGAAGAGACAAGUGGCUUCAAAAAUUAGUUUGGGAAGGUAAAAAGGGGAUUAAGUGGAUGCAUGGGGUGGGAAGGGGAAUCUGUAGAGCGUUAAUGUGGGAAGAGAAGUGGAGUUGCGGUUGGUAAACAGUGAGCAGUGGGGCAGAGCACCCCGUGUGUGUGUGGACGAACAUUUUAGAUAUUGUUUUACUCUUGUUCUUAUAUUUGGUUUUAAACAUUUUCCUGUAAAAAGUAACAAAUACAACAGUACCCUUUUCUGGUUCAACAUUCUUCCCUCUCUGUAGGACUCAGAAUGGGUAGUGGUGAAGGAGCCUAUAAUUAAACUGGCUGCCAUUGACAAUGGCCUGGCUUUCCCUCUCAAGCAUCCAGAUUCUUGGAGAGCAUGUAAGUAGUCCCAAGCCCUAGAACCCAAGCAGAUUCCCAGUAAGCAAGUGUUUCUGGCUGGUCCAGGGUGCUCUUUAAGGGCUGACUGCCUUGUGUUUCCAUGUGGAGUCCAGGAUGUUCAGGGCCUCCAGUGCUAAGAUUGAGUCAUCUUCAGUGUCCUUUAUGGGAUGUUGCCCUCAUAACAAGCCUGUUAACAUUUGCUUUUUGUUUCUCCCCCCCUCUCCAAAGACCCUUUCUACUGGGCAUGGCUGCCCCAGGCCAAGGUGCCCUUUUCCCAGGAGAUCAAGGAUCUGAUACUGCCAAAGAUUUCAGACCCUAAUUUUAUCAAGGAUUUAGAAGAAGACCUCUAUGAACUCUUCAAGGUAACCACAGGCACCGGGGCAAGUACACCUGUGAUUCUACUCAUUCUGCUCAUGAGCAAAUAAUUUGUGUGGAUGCUGUGGGAGGGUAACUGCACCUAUUCCGCUCCAUAAGAACAGAAGACAAGAAGAGAUUUGUACACAGCACCCACCCUAAUCGUGUCUGUCUAUUUGUUGCCGUCUCUUUUGUAGAAAGAUCCAGGUUUUGACAGGGGCCAGUUCCACAAGCAGAUUGCCGUCAUGCGUGGCCAGGUAUGCUCCUUGCUCCCAUUGGAGGAAUGGGAUCUGUGCUGGGCACUGGGCUGUCUUGGCUUCCCUUUACAAUUGGGUUCCUGCUGACUCCGGGCACUCAAGUUCCCCCCCUCUUCUCUUCCUAGAUCCUGAAUUUGACCCAGGCCUUGAAAGAUGGGAAGAGCCCCCUUCACCUGGUCCAGAUGCCCCCUGUAAUUGUAGAGACAGCUCGCUCCCACCAGCGCUCUGCCAGUGAGUCGUACACGCAAAGCUUCCAGAGCCGCAAGCCCUUCUUUUCCUGGUGGUAGCAGAGGUCUCUGCGACUCAUCGAGGAACCCGUUAUCACUUGACAGCGGGCAGCCAAUCCUCCAGACUGAGGCUGCUGUGCUGCUGCCGGUGGGAGAUGUAAGCAGGCGCUACCAGCCAGCCUCAACUCUGCACAUUCCCAGCAGGAAGGGAGGCCCUUCCUUAGACCUGACUGCUCCCCACCCCCCUUGCUGCGGGCUGGAAAUGCCCGCCCGCUCCCCAGCCUGAGCAUGGCAGCAUCUCCCAGCAGGUGCCUGCAUGCAGCAUCCUUUGGUUUCAAGCCGUCCCUCUAAUGUCCACCUGGGUGGAGAACACCCCAGGGUCCUCUGCCUGGGAAGGCUGGCGAUGAAGGGGGAUGAUCUGAGUUGGAUAGAGGUCUCCUGCUGUGUACAACUCCCAGCCUUGAUAUUCCUCCCUCCUUCCCUGCACCCUGUUUUAUCCUGCAGCGGAGGGGGAGGACCCUGCUCCACUAGGCUUGCUCUGUUAUCCGUGGUCCUACAGAGCUCCUCCUAGUGCUGUAGGCACCAGUCAUGUCUUGGGGCCAUCCAUAAGGAGCACAGCUGCCACCGACUGCUCCUGGGAGGAUGCAAGUUGGGAUAGAGAGGAAAGAAGAACUUAAGGGUCGGACUAGAGUCUGUUGGUGCAGCUUUUGUCUGCCUGGGGUAAUAUUAGCAGGUAGGUCCUGCAAGAGUAUAACUGCUGUGCUUCCUUCCCUUCCUUCUGCAAGGGAGUAAAUGCCUCAAAUAGUAGAUUUUAACAUUGGUUUUAAAUAAUUGAACCCAAGUGAACACACUUGUUCUCCAUGUAGUGCCGGAGCAACUGAGAGGAUGCCUAUAUCCUAGCACUGUUAGCCUUGGGCUAGUAUUUCACACCCAUCUAGUCUGAUCCCUAGAGGAAGUAAUAGCUGUGCCUCUUCUCUGCCGAUGCUGGGGUGAGCGGGAGGCAGAAAAGAGGCCACUGCCAGAGGCAGAAUCCUCCCUUGGGCUGCGUUUGGGCAUUGACAAUCGGAAGGGGGGAGGAGGUUCUCUGGGUGGGGUUGCCUGCUGCCAUGGGGGAAAUGUCCUCACUUGCAUCCUCAUAAGGGGAAGCACUCACAUUAGGAUCACUACCAUACCGAGGCCCAGUACACCCCGUGUGCAAUGGAAUGGUACAGUGAAUGCUGCUUUCCUGAAAGCUACUGUGCUAAAUCCCUGGCAUCAAGUUUCCCUCUGAAAUUGUCCAUAUAAGUGUCCUGAAUUCUCCUUGGGUGUUGCUGAUUUGGCUGCCACCCAGGCCUGCGAGGAGAAGCCUUGCAUUGAGUCCAGCUUCUCUGCUGUUCAGAGCAGUCGCCUGGUACCCUGUAUGUGGGGGGGUCUGCCUCUUUCUCACUUGGGGGACAAUUCCCUGCUGUAUGCCUGAGGUGCCAGGCUGAAGCUGAUGUACUUGAUGCCAGGCACGGGUUCUUUUCCUUUUUGCCAGCCUGAACUGAAAUGUAUCGUUCUUAUGCACUGUAGAAAUGUAUGUAAUAUAUUUAAAUCAAUGCAAGUAUCUUCAUAACAGGUCUGCAGUUGCAGAGCCAGUCUCUUGCGUGGGUUUUUUUUUUUUUUUUGUCUGCUUGUGUUAAUGGGAACUGAAUUUUCUCCCUGCUCUCCUCCUUGCAAUAGUGCUGCCGCUUGCAAUUGUGUCAUGGCUCACACUUGCUCUCUCCUUCCCCUGCAGUAUGAAUAUUCCCCACUAGGUGAAGCUUACACUGCAUACAUCAUUGGAAAGUCCUUCCUUGUGUCUGACUUUUUUGUAUUGCAAAGCAUGGGAUGGGAAGCUGUCCUGAACUCAUGGGGUUGGGAAGUUGUGGCCUGCCUGCCUGAUGUUCCAGGCUAUAAAUUCCACUUUCCUCAGUUACUGGCCAUGCUAAGUGGGGCUGACUGGAGUUAAGAGUCUAAAAACAUCUGAAGGACCACAUAUUCUCUACCCCUUUACCACCUGCAAAAAAACCCUUCCUGAUCCUUUUAUAGCCUUUAGGAGAAAUAAUCAUGCAUUUCAUCCUGUUAGCUUGGAUGGCCCUGGCUCGAAGUGAUAUUUAACACAACAUAUACCCUUUCAUCGCCUUAAUGUGCUAGUAUUCACUUCUAUUUUGGUAAUAUAAAAUCUGUACAGUUAAAAGAAAAAACAAGUUGCCCAACUUCUGCACCAAGUAUGACGCUGAUUGUGCACAAGACCUUCUUGCCUUGAGAGAGCUAUUAUAGCUAGGCACCCAAAUGGGCAGACCUCUGGUUGUUCAACAGGGGUAUGUGAGUACAUAAAGGCAGAAAACUAUUUAAACAUAAUGCAGCCUUAGUUCCUGUUCUCUUUUGGAAUUAUCAGGACUGUGUAUGUCCCUACACUCCAUCUCAUAACUUUUCCGAACACUUAGUUUUUCAAAGGACUGACCUCCUGUAUAAUAGCAGUAAGGGAACUACUCCCCAGUCAACAUGAUCACACCUACAAAGUGAAAGAGCAUUAUACUUGCCCUGCCCCGUGAUUAUUCUUUGUAUAGGAUGGAGUGACCACCCUCACAACUAGGUGGGCGAAGAGAACUUAUGAAGACAGCUAGUCUUGCAGAAAGUGAGACUUUCUAAGGCUGUCACUGUAGACGGUGCUUUUGGUGCAAACCCAGACCCUUGAUAAUCCAUUCCUCAACCCCAACACUUGACUCGCCUCAGAUUUAGAAGAGGCAGUUGACACACUGGCAUAAUUAGGAAAUCCACUUCAAGAUGUGACUCUAGCUGAUAUUAAAAGGCAGCUAGACAAACCCGUGAGGGACAGCCCUGCCUCCAGCUACUUACAUGAAGGUGCCACAUAGUUUUCAUGCAGUUGGGGCAGCCUGCCUCCAAAUACAAAUUACUGAGUGGGAGCCAACAAGAAAGCUGUUACCUUCAUGCAGCCUCCUUGUGGACUUCUCAGAGCAUCUGAUUAUGCAAAAUACAGUGCUGAACUAGAGACAUUGGUGCAAUUUAAGCAAUUACUACUUGCUUUCAUAGAGGGGACUGUAUAAUAAGCUUUAUUAAAUAUGACCAGGUACAUU